CUCAAUUCUCCGAUCAGCCAUGGCUUCCGAUUCUUCCCCCGGCAACCCUAACGACGGUCCUUCCUCUCCCGGAGAAAACGUUUCAAGCCCUAUCGAAAACACCUACUCUUCCCCCGCCGCACUUCACCGUCGCCGGCGAGGAAGAUCCUCUACUCCUACGCAAUUCGCAACUCCUCCACCACCACCUUCACGUCUCGCAUCAUCCAAUUCCACUCCUCCAACAUCUCGUCCUUCCGCCGCCAGAUCUAAUGGAAGAAAUGGACGCGGUGGUGGAGGAGGUGGCGGCGGCGGAGACCCAGGGACACCACUGUCUACUGACGAACCACUGCCUUCUUCCGAUGACGGUGAAGACGACGGCGCUGAUGAUACUACUCCGACUUUCGUCUGGGGUACUAACAUCAGUGUGCAAGAUGUUAAAUCUGCGAUUGAAAUGUUUGUUAAGCAUUUUAGAGAAGCUAGAGAGAAUAGUGAGGAUUUGUUUAGAGAAGGGAAGUAUAUGGUUUCCAUAAGGAAGGUGAUUGAAAUUGAAGGAGAAUGGAUUGAUGUUGAUGCGUUUGAUGUGUUUGAUUAUGAUCCUGAUUUGUAUAACAAGAUGGUUCGGUAUCCGUUGGAAGUUCUCGCUAUCUUCGAUAUUGUGCUGAUGGAUAUUGUUUCCACGAUUAAUCGUUUGUUCGAGAAACAUGUUCAAGUGAGGAUUUUUAACCUUAGGACAUCUACUUCCAUGAGAAAUCUCAAUCCAUCUGAUAUCGAGAAGAUGAUCUCUUUGAAAGGUAUGAUAAUUCGGAGUAGUUCUAUCAUUCCUGAAAUCAGAGAAGCUGUGUUUAGAUGCCUCGUUUGUGGAUACUUCUCUGACCCCAUCAUCGUUGAUAGAGGGAAAAUAAGUGAGCCUCCUACUUGCUUGAAACAAGAGUGCAUGGCUAAGAACUCCAUGACACUAGUGCACAACCGAUGCAGGUUUGCCGAUAAGCAGAUUGUGAGGCUUCAGGAAACGCCUGACGAGAUUCCAGAAGGAGGAACACCUCACACAGUUAGCUUGUUGCUGCAUGAUAAGCUAGUUGAUAAUGGGAAGCCUGGUGAUAGAAUUGAGGUCACCGGAAUUUACAGAGCAAUGACCGUUCGAGUGGGGCCUGCUCACAGGACUACCUACAUCGAUUGCCUUCACAUAAAGAAAGCAAGUAAGUUAAGAAUGUCUGCUGAGGAUCCUAUGGACGUUGACAAUAGUCUGCGUAGAGUCGAUGAAGAUGUCGAGUUAGAUGAGGAGAAGCUGAGGAAGUUUCAGGAACUCUCUAAACAGCCAGAUAUAUACGAGAGGCUUAGUAGAUCACUAGCACCAAACAUCUGGGAGUUGGAUGAUGUCAAAAAGGGUCUUCUGUGCCAGCUUUUUGGAGGGAAUGCUUUGAACUUGGCAUCGGGUGCUAAUUUUCGUGGUGACAUCAACAUCUUACUUGUUGGUGACCCUGGUACAAGCAAGUCCCAGCUGCUCCAGUACAUUCAUAAGCUUUCACCCCGUGGCAUUUACACAAGUGGGCGAGGGAGCUCAGCUGUUGGUUUAACAGCUUAUGUAGCUAAAGAUCCUGAGACAGGAGAAACUGUUUUAGAGAGUGGAGCUCUUGUUCUUAGCGACCGAGGUAUCUGCUGUAUUGAUGAAUUUGACAAAAUGUCUGACAGUGCGAGGAGCAUGCUGCAUGAGGUGAUGGAACAGCAGACUGUUUCAAUAGCAAAAGCUGGUAUUAUUGCAUCACUAAAUGCCAGAACCUCUGUGUUGGCUUGCGCAAAUCCUAGUGGCUCACGCUAUAAUCCCCGGCUUUCUGUUAUUGAGAAUAUUCACCUUCCUCCAACCUUGCUUUCUAGAUUCGAUUUGAUCUACUUGAUUCUUGACAAGCCCGAUGAGCAGACUGACCGAAGGCUUGCAAAGCAUAUUGUGGCCCUUCAUUUUGAGAACGCCGAGAGUGCUCAGGAGGAAGCUAUAGAUAUUACUACACUGACAACUUAUGGAAGUUUUGCCGGUAGUAGCAAAAAGGUCAUAACAGCAACUCCUAGGCAGAUUGAAAGUUUGAUCAGACUUAGUGAGGCCUUGGCUCGGAUGCGCUUCUCCGAAUGGGUUGAAAAACAUGACGUCGACGAGGCAUUUCGACUUCUCAGAGUUGCAAUGCAACAAUCAGCUACCGAUCACGCCACAGGGACCAUUGACAUGGACCUGAUAAAUACUGGAGUGUCAGCGAGUGAACGAAUGAGACGGGAUACCUUUGUGUCGUCAAUUCGAGACAUAGCUCUGGAGAAGAUGCAAAUUGGAGGAUCAUCAAUGCGCUUAUCCGAGUUACUUGAAGAACUGAAGAAGCAUGGAGGCAACAUAAACACCGAAAUUCAUCUUCAUGAUGUAAGAAAAGCGGUCGCAACGCUAUCGAGUGAAGGCUUUCUGGUAGUUGAAGGUGAUAGAAUCAAGAGAGUAUAAUCACAGUUCAUGAGGGAAGCUUAAUAUUUGCAAUGAUUAGAGAGUUUGAAAAUUGAAGUAGCAUAUUAAUAGGAUACCCUGCAAAUGAUGUGGCUCAGCCCAUCUUUUUUACUAUUUGUGAAUUUGUAAUGAGUUUUUAAUUUUUGAGACAGUCUAUCUAAUGCCUUUUCAAUGUUUCU